GCCGAGCACUGGUGCAUGAGAACAGGCGAGAGGUUGCUAUUCCGCACCUUGUCCUGGACAUAUUGAGCUCCCGUGACGGAUUGAUCACCCCUCUAUACAGCUGGAGAAGACUGUUAAGACUACAAGAGACUUGCUUGGAAGAUGGCAAGUGGUGGAUUCAGGGCAAGCACUCCAGCUACAACUGACUUCCUAGAAGAAUGGAAAGCAAAGCGAGAGAAGAUGAGAGCCAAGAUGCAUGCAGCAGAGUUACUAGCAGCAGGAGGUGUAGUGGUCAGUGACACUGCAAAUAAGGCCAGUAAUGAACUGAACAACAAUAGCAGCAUCAAUGCGCCAACCAAUAGCAACCAAGCCCCAACUUCCUUCUCUGUCUGUAAAGCCCCAGCAGUCAGAAGGGCUGAGGAGGAUGUACCAGUUACUUCUGUUGUGGUGCAGCAAAGGAAAGGACCAGGGCCGGUACAAGAUGGAGUAUGUGCAGCUAGUACACAAGAAGACUCCCCACCACCAGCUUCACAGGAAACGCCAACAAAGGCAAAAGAUAAAGGAAAGAACUGCAGUGGUCCAAGUGCCAGGAAGGGUAAAGGACAGAUAGAGAAGAGAAAACUCAGGGAAAAGAGACGAUCUACAGGAGUUGUUAAUAUCCCUUCAGUUGAAAGUCCAGAUGAAUUUGAGGAUGAUGAAGCUGGGCAAAAAGAAAGAAAAAAGGAAGAAUCAGUUACACAACAAAACACUGUGCAGAAUGAAUCUUUUACCAUAGACCCAAGUGAUUCAUAUUUGCAGCAGGAAACUGUAAGGACUGCUACAAACAGGUAUAAGAGCACCAGCAAUGCUUCUGAUGAGGAAACACUGAAUCGUUAUCAACGAACAGAUCGUACAUCAUACAAUCGCUACAACCGGGAAACAAAUUCUUCUGGCAACUCUGUGCCAAACGGUGCCCUGGAAAAAAAGAUUGAGGAACUUGAAAGGGAACUAGCAAGAGAGCGACAAGAAAACAUGAAGUUAAUGAAGUUGAUGCAAGACAAGGAAGAAUUAAUGUUAAAAAUGAAGGAUGAAAUAGAUUUAUUGAACCGAGAUUUGGAUGAUAUUGAAGAUGAAAAUAAACAGCUAAAGCAGGAAAAUAAGACACUUCUGAAAGUGGUUGGUCAGCUAACAAGAUAGAAAAUUGAUUGAAACUUCAGUUCAGCAAAAACACUACUGAUUCUCUUUAUUUUUAUUUUUUUUCUCAUGAGAGGCUGGAGGUAGCAUAAGGAUAUUGGAAAAGAAAGAAUAUCUUAACAGUGGAUAUACCCUUAAGACGACACACACACCUAGGUUUUGUAAGAGAAAAAAGUUUAAAAGGAUUGUCCAUUGCAAGAUUAUUUAUUUCUGUGGAUUAUCGGAUUAUGCUCCUUGUGAAUGAGGAAAUAUUGCACCUGUUUUUGGCAUUGUGAGAUAUAUAUAUAUAUAUAUAUAUAUAUAUAUAUAUAUAUAUAUAUAUAUAUUGUGUGUGUAUCUAUGUAUAUAUUCACUGUCCAUUUCAUGAAAAUGAUGAUAGGAUAGCUUUAUUCCUCAAUCUAUACAGGUGCAGUACCCCAGAAAUUUAUAUUCCACCACUUUUGUAGAAUACCACAUUUUGGCCCACUCUUCUGAGAUAAAUUGUGGAGGAAGACCACAUGGAAAAAAACCUUGUGCAUGAGUUACACUUUAGAAUCAAACCUCGGAUAUCAAAGACUAGAGAAGUAUGAUGGGGAAGAAAUAUUGCCCCAUCUUAUUUAGUGGCUUCCCUGUCUGAAGAAACUCCCUGAGGACAAAGGACAAUGGAAUAAGAAUGUAAACAGAGUCACUGAAAAGGAAUGUCUCCUGUCUGAAGAGGUCAGAGCUUGUACAGAGUUGGGACUAAACAGAAACUGUGAUCUUCAGAUCCUCCCCAUUGCUACUAAAUUUAAUGUGCUUAAUAGUUUAACACUUUUCAUGUUGGCUGUGCGUAACGUUCUUGGACAUUUCUGCACACUUCAGCAAAUGGCAUAAAUAAUUGGGUGUCAUUAUUAUUUUAUUUUUUUUACUUAUUCUGCCUCUGUGUAUUUGCACUCUUGAUUAACUAUUUAGAACUCUAUGUCAUUGUUUAUAUGUAUCCAUAUUUUGUUAUAUAAACACUAAUUAUUAUCCGUUUUAUCCUAAAAAAAAUUAAUGUGUAAUUUAAAACCAGAGGCAUUAAAGAGACAUCGUAAUGCACAAUUCACAUGCUCUGAUUGUAAAAGAGUAUGUCAUUGUUGCAUCUCUGAUCCUACAUAAUUCUGUGUUUAAUAAAGUGGUUAAAAUUAUAGGUAAAAUCCUUCUCUGGAGCUACAACCUUACAGCUAUUGAGGAGGACAUGGUUGUCAGCCAAUCAGGGGUAGCAGCCACACAACCCCACCAAUCACAGCCUUUGUGAUUUCAGCUCCUUUGCAUGUAUUUAACCCAUUUGUGGGGGUUAAAGACACUGUUAUCUAGGACCAGUAAUGUAAAAAUGAUUUGCUCUCACAAAUUAGAGCCUGUAAUAAUCACUUCAGAAUAUCUCUUUGUUAUGCGUGAGGUACAGCUUUUCUUGUAAAAGCAACUAGGGCUUGUUUUAACCCUCAUAAAUACCCUGUUUACAUUGUCUAAUGAUUGUUUAGAUACAAAUGGAAUUUUUAUUCUAAUUUUGUCAGAAGUGAAGCUGACAUUAAACAGUUAAAAAUAAAAUAUAAAAUAUUUUUA